AUUGCAAGGAGUCGUGACUUACCUAGGUAGCUCGAUCCACGUAUGCUCCCGUCCACGAUGUCAACCAUCCUGACCGAUCUAUCGAACGACAGUGUUGCUAUAAUAUAAUCUCCAGGAAAGCCUGUGUCGUCCGGAUUGCCUCGAGGCAAAGACAUGGCGAGCGGCCUCUUCCCGGGCCCUCCGAUCGACAACCACCAGAGUUGGUGGCACAAUAUCACUGACUGGACGUCCCGACACUUCCAUCACGCUGCGAACCUUUCCAGGCUUGGUUCAUCGAUUGACGACGUGAUUUGGGUAGGACCUCGUCUAGCAGAAAGACUCGGAUAUUUCGUUGCGGACUACAUCGGAAACGCCGACGCCGAUCGGGGCAUUGCCCAAAGGCUCAACGCCCAGGAACACGCCCAAGACCUGCUCAAUGCGGAGCCAACUCUUGCAGCUUUUAGAACUGUCAUGGAAUCCUCAUCAUCUCCUGCGCACCCCGCAGACGUCGGCUCGCAACAGACACCCGCGACCACACCACAAUUCUCCAUGGAGGGGGCCAAGGGCCUCGGGAGCGUCUUCAGCUAUGCUACUAGCAAAUGGGCUCUAUCCUGCAUAGCCAUGGCAAUUGUGCUCAACCGCACUUAUAUCUUCGCAGCGACAAGAAGAAGGCUUCGCCUCACCUGGCCCAUGCGAUUAGCGCUGCGUAUUAUGCCGCUUGCCCUGUUCGUAAUUCAGGGUCGCCAACUGCUACAAUCAAUGCAAUGUCAAACUUCCCCUGACUUCGCUCAGAUGCGAUGGGGCAAUUCCAGCAAAAGUUCUGAUUUGCUCUUUAUUCAGCCGGACGGGUUUCUCCACGCUAUAAGCUCCGCUUUGCUUCUGGGAGCUUCAGACGAGCAGUCGUGCCUGGCUGUACGCAUGAUUCCCGACGAUAACGCUGGGCCGAACCCCGAACUUAAAGGUUCUCUAUCCCUCCUCUGGCCGCUAUUUGGUACCUUCUGUCUCAGUCAAUUUCUGGAGACCAUAUCAUGUGCUGUGCAGGGACGUCCAGUCGCCGCAGAAACUGGUAUGACCUUAUUUGAACAUUCCCUUGCCUUCGCGGAGGCAGAUUCUGCCAUUAGCAAUCAAUUAGGAUGGAGUUCCUUCGCACUCAAGCAGGCCCAGACCACCGAAGCUAGUGCCAGUGUUGGCAAUGCCAUCGCCAUCAGCCGAUCCAUGGUCCUCCAAAGAGUCAAUACGCCACCCGAGGUUCUUCUAAUCGCCUUACUCUCUGUCAUGAGUCACCUGACGAGCCACACUCUGGGUGUAUUCAACCUUCAAGCUCGAUUCCGUCUCCUGAGCACUGGCUUCUGGGCGUUAUGCUUCAUGGCCAGCAUCGUUCGGAGUGCGUGGACAUUUACUCUUGAUGACACCUUGACUCAAGGCCUCUUACGGUUCCCCACGGUGUGCAUUAUAGGCUUUUUCCCGCAUGUGCUAGUUCUACUAGGAAUCAUUGUAUGCCUGACGAUAUAUUGUCUCGCUCUUGUUAUAUCCGCUUCAGCGCUACCUAGCGCGGACAGGCCAAGCAACCUCGACCUCCGUCAAAGAUUGCAUCUUGCCCAUGCCAAUAUGCAAGCAAACAUGCCGUUGUCCGGUGUUCGUAUUGGCAGGGAGAUGGAUUUCUAUACUGCCCUGUUACGCACUGGAUUCGGCGCCAUUACAAUGGCGAGUGAAGCUGUAUAUCUAAAUGAGGAUAGGGAUGUCAAUCUCGCGUCCUCUACGUGGAUCGAAGAUGAGAGGUUUCGAGAGCUGGAAGAACUCCGGAGGCAAUGGCUUGGCGAAGAAUUCGUGUCCCGUCUCGAUGCUACCAGCACAGCCAACCUGAUACCAGUGACGAAAGGCAGGGCUCUGGCGACGAGUGGCUUCGAUCGGGAGCGUGCUGCCCAAAAAUUGCCCAAGACCAUUUCGGGGGAAGGCAGACUGCGCGACGGCAUCGGUGCCGCCGAGAGGAGCGGCAGAUGGUUGAUGGCUUUAGACUUUGUGCUCAAUACCAGCAAACUGGUGGUCAGAACGACGACAGGCCUGGUCAUCCGACUGCUCUCCCGCCUUAGUAUGCGCAUACCACGAUGGCUGCUGUGGAUGGCUCAGAGGCCGAAACAACAGGGUGAAACGGCCGCCACGGGCACUGGGCAUCGUUCUACAGCUUCUCACAGCUUUCAAGGUGGUAUAACAGGGGGCGUUGACAUACCCUUGACAGAUGCCGUGGAUGUCGAGGCCGAAUUCAGGCAGCGAGCAUGGUCAGCAACGCAGAGCUGUGUUCCUUUGAACGAAGUCGACCUGGACUCUGAGCUAUAUCGCUGGUGGUUGGGAGGUGGCUGGUGGGGAACCGCAGAUAUGAGCGGUGACUAUGACCCCAAUGCCGACUCUGACUACGACGAUGACGACACAACAAGCAUUCUAUCAAUAGCGACAUACGACGACAAUGAAGAUGCUUGGGAAUCAGAAGAUGGGGAUGGUCAGCAGACGCCCACGCGGAAUUCGCCUCAGCUCAAGUAUGAGACGAGCUUUGCACAUGACAGUCCCAUGCAGCUCGACGACCUGGCACGACUUUUGAAUCCAGCAACUCCUGAGGAUAAAGAAGAGGCUGUUGCGUUGGCUGCUCACCUGGGCAGCAGGGGUGUAUUGACCAGAUCACAAUACCGCAGCCUCCAACAUCGCCGCCGAGUGGAGAUACUCAACCCCAAUGCAUCCGCAGAAACUGAUUUAGCACGAAGCACGAGAUUGACCCCACAAGAAGAAACCGAGUUGCUCGAGAGGCUCAUCAUAUCACGACGCCGACUGCGUCGAGAGCAGCAAGCUGAGGCUCAUACCUCUUGGUCUGAUGGUGCUGCCGGAUUCGGGUCAGAUGGACCCCAGUGCGUAGUCUGCCAGAGCAUGCCUAGGACUAUCAUCGUGUGGCCCUGUCGUUGUCUAAGUUUGUGCGACGACUGUCGCGUGUCGUUGGCCAUGAAUAACUUUGACAAAUGCGUGUGCUGUCGGCGCGAGGUCAUAAGCUUUAGCAGGAUCUUCGUUCCUUGA